AUGCAGAGUCUGGGUCGCGAGCUGGGCAGCCCGCCGGCGGACGGCAUCUCGAACGUGCGCUUCUCCAACCACUCGGACCACCUCCUCGUCGCCUCCUGGGACUCCAACCUGCGGCUGUACGAUGCGGGAGGCAACACGCUGAGAGGCACGUUUCCCCGGCGUGGCCCGGUGCUGGACUGCUGCUUCCAUGACGACACCUCUGGCUUCGCUGGCAGCGCUGAUCAGUCCGUUGUGAGGUACGACUUCAAUGUGGGGAGGGAGGACGUGCUGGGGCACCACCAAGGAGCAGUCAAGUGCGUCGAGUACUCACACGCCACAGGCCAGCUGGUUACAGGAGGCUGGGACCGCACAGUGCGCUGCUGGGACCCCCGCGCCCCCUCCUCCCACCUGCGCCUGACAGUGACAGCAGAGCAGCCCGAGCGCUGCUACUCCAUGUCGCUCGCCGCGCACCGCCUCGUGGUGGCCAUGGCGGGGCGCCACGUGUCCAUCUAUGAUUUGCGCAACAUGUCGCAGCCGGAGCAGCGGCGCGAAUCUUCACUCAAGUUUCAGACGCGGUGUGUGCGGUGCUACCCCACGGGCACGGGGUAUGCCCUGGCGUCCGUGGAGGGGCGCGUCGCCAUGGAAUUCUUCGACCCCUCCGAGACUGCUCAGGCCAAAAAGUAUGCAUUCAAGUGUCAUCGUCGGUCAGAGGGAGGGAGGGACACGGUAUUCCCAGUCAACGCCAUCGCCUUCCAUCCAAUAUACGGCACGUUCGCCACAGGCGGGUGUGACGGGGUGGUGAACAUAUGGGACGGCAACAACAAGAAGCGCCUCUACCAGUACGCUAAGUACCCCACGAGCAUCGCAGCACUGUCAUUCUCGCGGGACGGCCGCCUGCUGGCCGUGGCAGCCAGCUACACCUUCGAGAUGGGCGACAUCCCGCACGAGAGAGACGCCAUUCACAUUCGCAACGUCAACGAUGCAGAAGUCAAGCCCAAGCCCAAGGCCUACAGCACUGCCACUGCAAGCCGCGAAUCAGGUUGGCGCAACCUGAACCGCGCAUGGCGGAACGGCGGCGAUAAUUCUCACCUCGCAGCGCCCUUUCGCGACAACUCCGGUGAAUUCUCGACGCCAGCAGCUGACGGUUCCGCUGUCUACAUCGUUCGCUUGAAUGCCGCGCCUCCCCUUUCCGAAUACCGCGGCGGAAUCGCGGGCUACCCUGCCACGGCCACGUGGGACGACGGCAGCGACGAGGAGGACAGUGAGGCCGUUCCGCAAAUGAUUCUCCCCGCUGGCGAUACCGCCGCCGCCGCAGGCGGCGAAACCGUCGAUCUGGACGACACCGACGGCGCCCAGCUGUUCUCAAACGCGACGGCGCCAUCUCCGCCCGCAAACGGAACAUCUGACGCCGCUGUCACUCCCAGCGCUCGUGGCAGUCGCGGUGGUAACGGCAGUGGAGGUCGUAACGAUGGCGGCGGGUGCCCGCGGCACCGGCUGAGUCUGAGCAUGGACCGCCCCCAGGUGGCAGCGUUCGCGGGGCUGCUGCAGCGGCAGCAGGCGCAGGUGGCAUCUGAGGCGGGCGUACCCGAGGACGGGCUGCUCUACAGCUACAAGCACACGUCCAACGGCUUCGCCGCGCGCCUCACGGCGCGCCAGCUGUGGCGGCUGCGGCGCCACCCCGCCGUGGCGUCCGUCCGCGCCAGCCGCGUGUUCCGCCGGCAGACCAGCGACUCGCCCCAGUUCCUGGGGCUGCCCGGGAAGGUGUGGCCGGCAGUGGGCGGGCAGAGCAAAGCGGGCGAGGGCACGGUGGUGGGGAUCGUGGACACGGGUAUCUGGCCCGAACACCCGUCCUUCAGCGAUAAGGGCCUCUCCUCGCAGCUGCCCGCGGGGUGGAAGGGCAAGUGCGAGCAGUCGAGCUCGUUCCGGUGCAACAACAAGGUGAUCGGCGCCAAGGCCUUCUAUGCCGGCUUCCAGCAGAGCAGCGGCAAGCCCGUGUUGACCAACGACUGGCUCUCGCCGCGAGAUGCGGACGGCCAUGGCACGUGGUGCGCAGGGGCAGCCGCGGGGAACCCCGUGAAGGUAAAGGGCGGCGGGCAGGUGAGCGGCAUGGCGCCGGCAGCGCGCAUUGCGGCGUACAAGGUCUUCUGGACGGACGGCAACGGGGACAUGUACGCCACGGAGCCAGACAUCAUCGCAGCCGUCAAUCAGGGCGUGGCAGACGGUGUGGAUGUGCUGUCGCUGUCUCUGGGCGGCGUGAAUCCCGAGGACAACUAUUUCAACGAUCUCGCUUUCAUGCGCGCCAACGCUGCCGGGGUGUUUGUCGCCUUUGCUGCCGGCAACGCCGGGCCUCCUGGGCGUGGAGGGUUCUACCGCACGCUUGACAACUUCGCGCCCUUCUAUCUCACCGUUGGCGCCAGCACCAUUGCCCGAGGCGGCGCCUCCCUUGCCUCCUCAACUGCCGGCGCUCAGUCGCUCUCUCACGGUGCCACCACCAGCACCAACGGCACGGAUGGCAGCACAGGCAGCAACUUCAAUGGCAACGGCACGGACGGCAGCAGCAGCACCGUUCUGACCACUGACGGCGGGAUCACAUUCACCACUGCAUCCUCGUCCGCCCCCGUGGUGGCUGACUUCUCUUCCCGCGGCCCCCUGCUGCAGGCGUCCGCCACGGCCCAGCCGCCCAAGCCAGGCAACGCCAUCCUGAAGCCCGACAUCAUCGGCCCCGGAGUCGACCUCGUAGCCGCUGCUCCCGGCAACAAACCCGGCGACCCUGGUGCCCUCGCCCGCAUGUCGGGCACUUCCAUGGCCACCCCUCAUUUAGCCGGGCUAGCCGCUUUAAUCAUCCAGAAGUACCCCAACUGGACCCCGGCGCAGGUGAUGUCAGCGCUGAUGACGACGGCGCGGGUGACGGACACGAGCAAGAGCGCCAUCAAGAGUGCGACGGGCGGGGAGGCCACCCCAUGGGAGAUGGGCGCAGGCCACGUGUUCCCCCCGGCCAUGCUCGACCCCGGGCUCACCUACGACGCCCGCGACCGCGACUACCAGAACUUCCUGGCCGGGCAGGACCUCAACCGCGCCAAAAAGGAGUUCCCAGGGGCGGCGCUCUCCCCUCUGGCUGUGCGCAACCUCAACCUGCCCACCAUCACUCUGCCUCGCCUGCAGGGCUCCCUGCAGGUCACCCGCACCGUCACCAACGUGGGGCAGUCCCGGUCCACAUACAGUGUAUCUGGGAAGCCCCCGCAGGGCGUGAAGGUGACUGUGGGGCCUAGGAGCCUCACGCUGGCUCCCGGGGAGAAGGGGACCUACACGGUGACGGUCACGGUGGAUACCCCCAGUAAUGACUUCAAGUAUGGGUUUCUAGUCUGGGCGGACGACCAGGGCCACAGCGUGCGGUCCCCCCUCGUGGUGCAGCCCAUCUCCCGCUGA